AUGGCAAAAACUUACUACAGCAAUAAUAGCAAUGACAAUUAUUCUGAUGAUAAUGCUGAUAACUGUUACAAGGAUACUGUAGGUCCUGAUUAUGGUGAUAAUUAUGAUAAUAACGAUAUUGAUAAUGAUGAGGAUACUUAUCAUUACAAAAAUUAUUUUAAUGAUGAUUCUGAUAGUGAUGGUAAGACUGAUAAUGAUGACGAUGAUGAUAAUAGUUAUCAUGCUGACGAUUGUAGUGAUGACGAUGAUAGUGUUGAUAAUGAUGAUUGUCAUGACGAUAAUUUUCAUGGUGAUUAUCACAACGGAAAUAAUAAUGAUUACAGUCAUCGUGAUAAUAAGAAUGAUCAUGAUAAUCUCAGUUAUGGUAAUGACGAUGAUGAUCGUAAUGAUGAUAACCAUAAAGGUAACGACAACGAUAAUAGUGAUGAUUCAGAUGAUGAUAUCACUGAUGUUGGUGAUAAUAUUAUUAUUUAUAAUAGUGCUUGCGUCUACAGUUGA